AUGGCUGCCGAUUCAACUGUCAUCUCCAACACGGAGAAUCUCAUGAAGUACAUGUCUCUCGACCAGCGCGGUCGCGUUCAGGCCGAGUACAUCUGGAUUGAUGCCGUCGGCGGUACUCGUUCCAAGACCAAGACUCUCUCUAAGCCCGUCAAGUCCGUUGACGAGCUCCCCGAGUGGAACUUUGAUGGUUCCUCGACUGGUCAGGCCCCCGGUGACAACUCCGAUGUCUACCUUCGUCCCGUCGCUUUCUUCCCCGACCCCUUCCGCCAGGGUGACAACAUCCUUGUUCUCUGCGAGACCUGGGACUCCGAUGGCAGCCCCAACAAGUUCAACUACCGUCACGACGCUGCCCGUCUGAUGGAGACCAACGCCAAGGAGGAGUUCUGGUUCGGUCUGGAGCAGGAGUACACCCUUCUCGGCACUGAUGGCUGGCCUUACGGCUGGCCCCGCGGUGGUUUCCCUGGCGCCCAGGGCCCCUACUACUGUGGUGUCGGUACCGGCAAGGUCUACUGCCGUGAUAUUGUCGAGGCCCACUACCGUGCCUGCCUGUACGCCGGUAUCAACAUCUCCGGAAUCAACGCCGAGGUCAUGCCCUCCCAGUGGGAGUACCAGGUUGGCCCCUGCCCCGGAAUUGACAGUAAGUUUGACUCGCCUUUUCUCAUGAAUUUCCCGAUCCACGAGCUAACUGGUGUUGAAGUGGGUGACCACCUUUGGAUGUCUCGUUUCAUUCUCCACCGUGUCGCUGAGGAGUUCGGUGUCCGCAUCUCUUUCGAGCCUAAGCCCAUCAAGGGUGAGUGGAAUGGUGCCGGUCUGCACUCUAACGUUUCCACCGCUUCCACUCGUGCCGAGGGUGGUAUGAAGGCCAUUGAGGCCGCCAUGAAGAAGCUCGAGGCUCGCCACAUUGAGCACAUUGCCGUCUACGGUGAGGGUAACGAGGAGCGUCUGACUGGCCGUCACGAGACUGGCAACAUCGACAAGUUCUCAUAUGGUGUCGCCGAUCGCGGUGGCUCCAUUCGUAUCCCCCGCCAGGUCGCCAAGGACGGCAAGGGUUACUUCGAGGACCGCCGCCCCGCCUCCAACGCCGAUCCCUACCAGAUCACUGGUAUCAUCGUCGAAACUAUGUGCGGUGGCCUCUAA